AUGGGUUCUGUUCGAGAACGUACGGACCAGGAGAUUUACUGCUGGAUUUAUUCGGUAGCGCGGGUAAUUAGUUACACCCUCGUCAGCGGCAGCUCCGUCACCCGCAACCCCCUCACCCACCUCGGCGUCGUUACUAAUCCCACCAUCCACACCCCAAGCCAUCGUGUCAACGCUCUCUCCUCCUUCGACCUCUCCUUCGACCUGCACGGCCAGCGCAUCCGCCUCGCCCUCGAACCGAACUAUGACAUCCUCCCCGAAGGCGCCACCAUCGAGUAUCUCGGCGUCGACGGCGAGGUGCUGCGUCGGGAGCCGAUCGAGCGGCAAGACCACAAAGUGUUCAAGGGGUCAACGUGGGUGGACGGCACGAGAGCAGGGCAUGCGCGGAUCGUAGUGUUUCGGGACGGGAUAUACCCACUAUUUCAAGGGAGUUUCGACGUCGGGAGUAAUCAUCACCAUGUACAGUUGGACUCGCACUACAUGUCGACGAAGCACGAGUUCGAUCCGCAGUUGGACGCGAGGGACGACGAGUAUAUGGUGUGUUUCCGCGACUCGGACAUCGCCACCGAGCAAAUGCACACCGAGCUGCGGCGGAGCGUCGAGCCGAGCAAGGCCUGCUUGUCGGAUGGGCUGGAGUUUAAUACGCAGCCGGACCAUCCGGUGUACCGGGCGAUGCUGAAGCGCGACGAUAAUUUCUGGGGGACCCCGAUCGAGAGUUUGUUCGGAAAGCGGCAGAUUGACAGUCGACCGGGAGGUGGCAACGCGGGCGGCAUCAACCUAGCAUCGUCCGUCGGUCAGACGGCCGGCUGUCCGACGACCCGGAAGGUCGCGCUCGUCGGCGUCGCCACUGAUUGCGAGUACAGCAAGGCGUUCAACUCGACCGAGUCUGCCCGCCUAAACGUCAUCCAGCAGAUGAAUUCCGCCUCGGACCUGUACGAGCGAACUUUCAACAUCUCGCUCGGCCUGGCCAAUCUGACCGUCAGCGAACAGACCUGUCCCGGCACGCCGCCGCCGACGCAGCCGUACAACAUCCCAUGCGGCGGCGCCGACAUCCAGGAACGAUUGAACAUCUUCUCGGGCUGGCGAGGCGAGCGAAAGGAUCAAAACUCGCAUUGGAUGUUGCUCACGAACUGCCCGACAGGGACGGCGGUCGGCCUUGCGUGGCUGGGACAGGCAUGUGUAAACGAGGCGCUCGAAAAUAAUUCCACGCGGAACGGCCAAAUGGAGAUCACCAGCGGUGCGAACGUGGUCGCCAAAACCUCCACCGAGUGGCAGGUCAUUGCCCACGAAACCGGCCACACCUUCGGCGCGGUGCACGACUGCACCUCCGAAUCCUGCAAUGACGGCGUCUCCCUCUCCUCCCAACAAUGCUGCCCCCUCUCUUCCUCCACCUGCAACGCCGGUGAGCAAUUCAUCAUGAACCCCUCUACGGCCCGCGGCAUCACUGCCUUCUCUGCCUGCUCCAUCGGCAACAUCUGCACCGCCUUCCGCCGCAACUCCGUCCGCACCUCCUGCUUCACCGACAACCGCGGUGUCACCACCAUCUCCGGGCAGCAAUGCGGCAACGGCAUCGUCGAGCCCGGCGAGGACUGUGACUGCGGCGGCGCCGACGACUGCGGUGACAACACCUGCUGUGAUGCCGCCACCUGCAAGUUCACCGCCGGCUCCCAGUGUGACGACAGCAACGAGGACUGCUGCGAUUCUUGCAAGUACGCUCCCAGCACCCGAGUCUGCCGCGCCAGUACCGGCGAGUGCGAUCCGCAGGAGACGUGCGCGGGGAACAGCGCGACGUGCCCGAAGGACGAUCGGGCGCCCGAUGGGCAGGGGUGCGGGGACGGGUUGAAGUGCUCGAGUGGGCAGUGCACGAGUCGCGACCUGCAGUGCAAGACAGUGAUGGGGAGCUAUACGCGGAACAACGACACGUACAGCUGCGAUCAUACGACGUGUCAGCUGAGCUGUCAGAGUCCAGAGUUCGGGCCGGGGAGGUGUUAUGGGUUGAAUCAGAAUUUCCUGGACGGGACGGAGUGUGGUGGUGGAGGGAAAUGUCAGAACGGCCGCUGCACUGGCUCCUCCUUCGCCAAAGAAGUCGGCAGCUGGAUCGAAACCCACAAACCCAUCGUCAUCGGCGUCAGCUGCGGCGUCGGCGGCCUCCUCCUCCUCGCCCUCCUCUCCUGCCUCUGGAGCUGUAUCCGUCGCCGCCGUGGCCGAUCUGCUCGACGCGCGCCCACCUGGCCGCCCGUGCCUCCGAACCAGAUCCCAGGCAUGCACCAGGGGACGCAGUGGAGUCCCUCGAGAGGGCCCGGGGGGCCGCCGAUGGGAGGGCCAGGGCAGCCGCCGGUGCCGGAGCAGGGAGGAUGGUAUCCGCCGCCGGCGCCGGUGUUUGCGAGGGGGCAAAGCGUGCGGUAUGCAUAG